AUGACGCAACAACAGCAGCUUGCGCUGGAGGCGCUCGACUCCAUCACCAGAGACCUGAAGACCAGACUGGAUGGAAAAGCUGGGGACGAGGUGCGCAAGCGCGCCGCUGCGUCUCUCAGAGACCUGGUAGCUGUGUGUUACAGAGAUUUCCCUACCGAGCAGUUCAACGUCUUCUACAAUUCGGUCAACAACAAGAUCACGACACUCAUGCUGCAUGGCAACGACCCCGGCGAACGCGUCGGUGGCAUCUACGCGCUGGAUGCGCUAGUCGACUUUGACGGCGUCGACGUGACCGCCAAAUACACCCGUUUCACAGCCAACCUCAAACACAUCCUCCGGGGCAGGGACAUCGUGCCUAUGCAGCCCGCCGCCAUCGCUCUUGGAAAGCUGUGCCGCCCAGGUGGCUCCCUCAUCUCCGAGCUCGUCGAGUCCGAGGUCAAGACCGCCCUGGAGUGGCUCCAGAGCGAUAGAGUCGAGGAGAAGCGAUACAGCGCUGUGCUGGUACUCCGCGAGCUGGCCAGGAACGCCCCAACCUUGAUGUAUCAAUUUGUUGGCAUGGUGUUUGAGCUCAUCUGGGUUGGCCUCCGAGAUCCCCGACAGCUCAUCCGUGCGACUUCGGCAGAGACUGUCAGCGCUUGUUUCCGCAUCAUCCGUGAGAGAGAUCAAGAAUUGAAACAGAAUUGGAUGUCCAAGAUGUACCAUGAACUCCUCUCCGGGCUUAAGCAGCACACCGUCGAGGCAGUUCAUGGCUCGCUCCUUGUACUUAAGGAGCUCCUCGAACAGGGCGGCAUGUACAUGCAAGAGCACUACGAGGAGGCAUGCGAGAUUGUCUACUCACACAAGGAUCACCGGGACGUCACCAUUCGCAAAACUGUCGUCCUCCUCAUCCCUAACCUCGCCAACUACUCGCCUGCAGACUUUGCCCACGCGUGGCUGCACCGGUUCAUGCUCUACCUAUCUGGCAUGCUCAAGAAAGAUAAGGAGCGCAACGACGCCUUCUUUGCCAUCGGCAACAUCGCCAACUCGGUCAAGAGCGCCAUCGCACCUUAUCUGGACGGUGUCUUGAUAUAUGUCCGUGAGGGCCUGAGUCUCCAAUCAAGGAAACGCGGCUCUGUUGAUCCCGUGUUUGACUGCAUCAGCAGGCUUGCCGUUGCUGUUGGUCAGACGCUCAGCAAAUACAUGGAAGCCCUUCUCGACCCCAUCUUUGCCUGCGAGCUCACUCCGAAACUGACACAGGCGCUCGUUGACAUGGCGUUUUACAUCCCGCCGGUCAAAGCCACAAUUCAGGAAAGGUUGCUUGACAUGCUCAGUAAAGUCCUGUGCGGCGAGCCUUUCAAGCCCCUGGGUGCUCCGAUCUUGAAUUCGCUCUCAUCGGUCCCCGUCAUCACAAAGGAUGCCAAAGAUCCUCAAGCCUACGAAUCACGCAAGGCCGAAAUCAAGCUCGCACUCAACACGCUGGGCAGCUUUGACUUUACCGGCCAUAUCCUUAACGAGUUUGUCCGCGACGUCGCCAUCAAGUAUGUCGAAGACGAAGAUCCAGACAUUCGCGAAGCCGCUGCCUUGACAUGCUGUCAGCUCUAUGUUCGCGACCCCAUUGUGAACCAGACAAGCUAUCAUGCCCUCCAGGUUGUCGGAGACGUCAUUGAGAAGCUGCUCACCGUGGGUGUCUCAGAUCCAGAACCUAACAUUCGCCGAACUGUCCUGGCAGCGUUGGAUGAACGGUUUGACCCCCACCUGGCAAAGGCGGAGAACAUACGCACCCUCUUCUUCGCCUUGAAUGACGAAGUCUUCCCCAUCCGCGAGGUGGCGAUUUCGAUUAUUGGCCGCCUAGCCCGGUACAACCCAGCCUAUGUCGUCCCCUCCUUACGGAAAACCUUGAUUCAAAUGCUUACAGAGCUUGAAUUCUCGGAUGUGGCCAGGAACAAGGAGGAGAGCGCCAAAUUGCUUAGCCUGCUGGUUCAAAACGCCCAGGGACUGAUUCGUCCAUACGUCGAACCUAUAAUCUCAGUUCUCUUGCCCAAGGCCGACGAUCCGAAUUCAGCAGUCGCCGCCACCAUCUUGAAGGCAAUCGGCGAGCUCGCCACCGUCGGCGGCGAAGAUAUGCUUCCGUAUAAGGACAAGCUCAUGCCUCUGAUCAUCUCAGCACUCCAAGACCAGAGCUCGGUUAUCAAGAGAGAGGCGGCACUCCACACCCUCGGCCAGUUGGCCAGCAAUUCCGGCUAUGUCAUCGACCCUUAUCUGGAGUACCCGCAGCUGCUCGAACUCUUGCAGAACAUCAUCCGUGCAGAACCUCAACGUGGUCCACUUCGCCAAGAGACAAUCAAGCUUAUGGGCAUCUUGGGUGCUCUCGACCCAUACAGGUACCAGCAAGUUGAAGAGCGGGCUCCAGACAUUAAGCGCAGAGUCGAGACCAACCGUAUGACCGACAUUUCUCUGAUGAUGACCGGGCUUACACCCUCCAGCAAGGAAUACUACCCGACCGUAGUCAUCAAUGCGCUGUUGCAAAUUCUGAAGGACCAAUCACUUGUACAACAUCACGCAGCUGUCAUAGAGGCUAUCAUGAACAUCUUCCGCACUCUUGGGCUUGAGUGCGUACCUUUCCUCGACCGCAUCAUCCCAGCCUUCAUGCUUGUCAUCAAGAACGCAAGUCCCAACCGACUUGAAUCUUAUUUCAAUCAAUUAGCUACCUUGGUCAGCAUCGUCCGACAACACAUCAGAAACUACCUGCCGACCAUCGUCGAGACUCUACAGCUUUACUGGGAUCACUCGCCCUCCCUUCAAUCCACUAUUCUGUCACUGGUCGAGGCGAUUUCGCGCUCUUUGGAGGGCGAGUUCAAGAUCUACCUUGCGGGUCUGUUGCCAAUGAUGCUUGGCAUUCUCGAGAAGGAUUCGACUACGAAGAGAAUCCCUUCCGAGAAGGUCCUGCAUGCAUUCCUGGUCUUUGGUUCCAGCAGCGAAGAGUACAUGCAUCUCAUCAUUCCUGUGAUCGUGCGGACGUUCGAGAAACAAGGGCAGCCCACCUUCCUCCGCAAAUCGGCCAUCGAGUCCAUUGGCAAGAUCUCGAGGCAGGUCAAUCUCAAUGAUUAUGCUGCCAAGAUCAUCCACCCUAUCGCCAGAAUUCUUGCUAGCAGCGAGUCUUCGUUGCGCGUUGCAGCCUUGGACACUUUAUGUGCCUUGAUCCAGCAGCUGGGCAAGGACUACCUGCACUUCAUGGGCACCAUCAACAAGGUGCUGCAGAAGCACCAGAUCCAGCACUCGAACUAUGAGCUGCUCGUCAGCAAACUCCAAAAGGGAGAAGUGCUCCCACAAGACCUGAGCUCAGAGAGCCGCUUCGUUGACCAGGUUGAUGAGCCAUCCUUCGGAGACCUCGGCUCCAAGAAACUAGAGAUGAACGCCAUCCACCUCAAGGCAGCAUGGGACACUAGGGGCAAGUCCACCAAGGAGGAUUGGCAGGAAUGGCUGAGGCGAUUCAGCACGACCCUGCUCACCGAAUCUCCGAACCAUGCCCUCCGAGCCUGCGCCAUUCUCGCCAGUGUCUACCUUCCCCUAGCCCGGGAGCUCUUCAAUUCCGCCUUUGUCUCGUGCUGGAGCGAAUUGUAUGAGCAGUUCCAGGACGAGCUGAUCCAGAAUAUCGAGAACGCAAUCCGUUCUGAGAAUGUCCCACCAGACUUGCUUGGCCUGCUGCUCAACCUGGCAGAAUUCAUGGAGCAUGACGACAAAGCUUUGCCGAUCGACAUUAGGGUCCUGGGUCGCGAAGCCGCUCGAUGCCACGCAUACGCCAAGGCGCUCCACUACAAGGAGCUUGAGUUCCUGCAGGACCAAAGCGGCCCUGCAGUCGAAGCCUUGAUUGUCAUCAACAACCAGCUGCAGCAAUACGACGCAGCCAUUGGUAUCUUGCGCAAGGCGCAGCUCUACAAGGACGGCAUCCAACUGCGGGAGACCUGGUUCGAGAAGCUGGAGCGGUGGGAGGAGGCGCUACAAUUCUACAAUCAGAGGGAGCAGGACAUUCCGCCGGAUCAAGUGGUUCCGGUGGACAUUGUCAUGGGCAAGAUGAGAUGUCUCCACGCUCUGGGCGAGUGGGAUGCGCUCGCAUCUCUCGCGGGCAGCACCUGGGCCAAUUCUGCACCAGAAAUCCAGCGGCGGAUCGCAGGACUGGCCACUGCUGCUGCAUGGGGUUUGGGCAAGUGGGACGCCAUGGACAUGUACCUGCAAUCGAUGAAGAGGCACUCGCCAGAUCGCACUUUCUUCGCUUCAAUCCUUGCUCUUCAUCGCAACCAGUUCAGAGAGGCUGCUGCCUGUAUCCAGCAGACUCGCGAGGGUCUCGACACGGAACUGAGCGCGCUCAUCAGCGAAUCCUACAACCGAGCAUAUCAGGUUGUUGUUCGCGUGCAAAUGCUUGCUGAACUCGAGGAGCUCAUCACCUACAAGCAGAGUGAUGAGCGGAAACGUGCGACAAUGCGCCGCACCUGGGAAGUUCGUCUCAAGGGAUGCCAAAGGAAUGUCGAGGUCUGGUCAAGGAUGCUUAGACUCCGCGCACUUGUCAUCUCUCCCAGCGAGAACAUGCACAUGUGGAUCAAAUUCGCUAAUCUCUGCCGGAAGUCUGGGAGGAUGGGUCUUGCUGAGAAGACCCUCAAGAACCUCAUCGGCACUGAUGGCGCGCUGGAGUCGGUCAUACCAUAUUGGGCAGAGGCUUCGCCGCAGUCACAAGCUACCCUCGCACGCCGCAUCCCACCACAAGCCACCUAUGCCAUCCUAAAGUUCCAGUGGGAAUACGGGCAGUCGGCCAACCUGCGUCAAAGCGGCCAUCCGGAGCAGACUCUACACUGUCUGCGCCGCUUUACCCACGACCAAGCACAGCAACUACAGCUGGCGUCUGCACAGCUGAAGACCAAUGGGAUUGAGCAGAUGGGCGAUUUGAGCUUCCAGAAUGGGGCCGAGGCCAACCCACGCGCGGCAAAGGCGAUCCAGGACCAGCAAGUCUUGCUGGCGAAGUGCUACCUCAAACAAGGCGAGUGGCAACUAGCCCUCAACAAGAACGAUUGGACGCAGCCAAAUGUUCGGCAGAUACUGGAUGCGUACAAGCAGGCAACUGUGCUGAACGAAAGCUGGUAUAAAGCUUGGCACGCCUGGGCUUUGGCCAAUUUUGAGAUCGUUCAGGCUAUGGCCAGCACGGCGAGCCGGAACUCGACGCGGAUCGAUCCGACAACAGUGACGCGAUACGUCGUCCCUGCCGUCACUGGAUUCUUCAAGUCAAUCGCCCUGUCCUCUGGCAGCUCGCUUCAGGACACACUGAGGCUGCUCACAUUGUGGUUCACUCACGGCGGCGGUCCGCAGGUUAACGACGCUGUUACACAUGGUUUUGCAGAAGUGAGCGUCGACACAUGGCUGGAGGUCAUUCCUCAGCUCAUUGCACGCAUCAACCAGCCAAACCCCACCGUGCGCAAGACCAUCAACUCUCUGCUCAGCACAGUCGGCCAAGCUCACCCUCAGGCCCUAGUCUACCCUCUGACUGUUGCCAUGAAAUCUGCCAAGAACUCACAUAGUUUGCGAUCAGAGUCCGCCUCAAGGAUCAUGGCACACCUCCGGAGCCACAGCGCCAAACUGGUCACUCAGGCGGAUACUGUCAGCCACGAGCUGAUUCGCGUUGCUGUGCUCUGGCACGAACAAUGGCAUGAGGCCCUCGAGGAGGCUUCACGCCUCUACUUCGGAGACCACGACAUCAGGGGCAUGUUCGAAACGCUUGGCCCGCUGCAUGAGCUUCUGGAGAAGCCUGGUCAGAAGACGCUCCGCGAGAUCAGCUUCCAACAGACAUUCGGGCGCGACCUAGGCGAGGCAUACGAAUGGUGCAAGCAAUACAUGACCAGUCAAGACAUCAGCGACCUCAAUCAAGCCUGGGAUCUAUACUACCAAGUCUUCCGGCGCAUCGGCCGGCAACUGCCGCAGAUGACUUCCUUGGAGCUCGCGUACUGUUCGCCUGAGUUGCUCAAGAUGCGCGAUCUCGACCUCGCGGUUCCUGGGACGUACAAGAGUGGCAAACCAGUCAUCCGAAUCAUGUCAUUCGACCCCACCUUCAGCGUUAUCAACUCAAAGCAGCGUCCCCGGAAGCUCAACAUCAACGGCAGCGACGGCAACUCGUACGCCUUCCUUCUCAAGGGACACGAGGAUAUCCGUCAAGACGAACGUGUCAUGCAAUUGUUUGGUCUAUGCAACACACUACUCGCAAAUGAUUCAGAGUCAUAUAAGCGACACCUCGGCAUCCAGAGAUAUCCUGCCAUCCCUCUUAGUCAGAAUUCCGGGUUGCUUGGCUGGGUGCCAAACAGCGACACCUUGCACGUAUUGAUUCGCGAAUACCGCGAGAGCCGCAAGAUCUUGUUGAACAUUGAGCACCGCAUCAUGUUGCAAAUGGCGCCAGACUACGACCACCUCACACUCAUGCAGAAGGUCGAGGUCUUCGGUUAUGCGCUGGAUAACACUACGGGCCAGGAUUUAUAUCGUGUUCUCUGGCUCAAGAGCAAAAGUUCAGAGGCCUGGCUGGAGCGCCGCACCAACUACACACGCAGCUUGGGUGUGAUGAGCAUGGUCGGCUACAUUCUCGGACUGGGAGAUCGCCACCCCAGCAACUUGAUGCUCGACCGCAUCACUGGCAAGAUCAUCCACAUCGAUUUUGGCGACUGCUUCGAGGUUGCGAUGAAACGAGACAAGUAUCCCGAACGGGUGCCGUUCCGGCUUACGCGUAUGCUCACGUAUGCCAUGGAAGUCAGCAAUAUCGAGGGUAGCUUCCGCAUUACCUGCGAGCACGUCAUGCGCGUCUUGCGCGAGAACAAAGAAUCCGUCAUGGCUGUGCUCGAAGCUUUCAUCCACGAUCCGCUGCUCACUUGGCGUCUCACAAAUGGCGCCUCUCCUGCUGGCCCUAACUUCCGCUCCGAACGGGACACCGCGCUUGGCGCAGCCCCGACGGCACGCGCUCGUCGUCCCAGCAUUCUCGACGCCGAGCACCCUCCGUCAGAAUACCUUGCCGCGCAAGCAAAUGAAGGACCACAGUCGGGUGGCCCGCCGGGCCGCAGCCGCGCCCGCACCAAUUCGAGCUUGAUCAACGGUGUUAACGGCACUGACGAUGCCGCUGAAAUCCAGAACGCCCGGGCCCUGGAGGUAUUGGAGCGUGUGCAACAGAAGCUCACUGGUCGUGACUUUGCCCGUGAGGGAGAGGAGCUCGUGGAGCUCGAAGUCGUCGCACAGGUCAACAAGCUCAUCAUGGAGGCAACCAAGCUGGAGAAUCUCUGUCAGCAUUACAUUGGAUGGUGUUCGUUCUGGUAA